CGGGCCUCGGCUCAAAAUUUUGCUAAUUAAUGAACAACUCAUUCCGUCCUACACUCGGAGCACACUCGGAGCACCGCACUGCGCUGCGCUUUUGUUGGCGAGCUCCUGGUGGAUUAAGAUUGUCUGGAAUGCUCCACGUGGUUCUAGCAGAAGCUUGUCCUGCUCAGGUUUCACCGACUCUUUGUGGCAAAUGCUGGCUGCAGCAUCCCGUUAACCUCCAACAGGCAUGUGGCACUGGCACUGGGUUGUGGAUUUCUUUUCAACAGCUCAACAUGGCGACUUCCUGGCCGGCUGGGUCUGUGCUGUAAUCUCUAUUGGUCUAGCAAAAUUCAUUUUCAGGUUGUACGGCCUGGACCAUGCCAUCCUCAACCUGGACCCCCCAGAAACCAUGUGGAUGAACAUGGGCUAUUGGGACCAUGCAAGGACCUUCCCGGAUGCAUGCGUGGCUCUCCUGAGAAAGGUACUGGAGGCGGCCGACUUGCUGGACGAGGAUGGCUAUCCAGUCCAACGUGAAGACCGGCAGAGUCUUAGGCUGGUCGACGUUGGCUUCGGCUGUGGUGAUCAGACACUGUACUUGACGCAGCAGCUUUCUAAACCAGAUAUCCACGAUGCUCCACCACGCCCCCUCUUUGACAGUUACAUCGGCAUUACUUUGAAUCCCCAUCAAGCUGAGUUUGCUCGUCAGCGGCUCCAAGCAGAACCAUCCAUAGAGCAAACAACAGGCACCAGGACGCCAGACAUUCGUAUAUUCUGCGCGGAUGCGGGAAAUCCUGCGUCGUGGAAUGAUGACCUUCACAGGGCUCUGAGUUCAGCGCAACGGGGCAAGAAGGAUCCAAAGGACACUGGCGCCUGGCUGCUUGCGCUGGAUACACUCUACCACUUCAAACCCUCCCGUCGGCCCCUAUUCUCGUAUGCCUACGAGAACCGUAUUUCGAUCAUGGCAUUCGACCUUCUCCUUUCUGACUCCGCUUCCCUGUACGGGCGGAUGGUAUUGCGCCUUGUCUGCCUAGUCGCUUCGAUUCCGUCCUCGAAUUUCAUGACUCCAUCCGAAUACAAGAAGCUGCUCACCCAGUCGGGCUAUGCGGUCGAGCGCAUUGCGAUGGAAGAUAUCUCGGAGCGUGUCUUUCCCGGACUUGCUGGAUAUAUGCAGAGUAAAGAAAAGGAGCUCGGGCGUUUUGGGAUGACCUUGGGGAAAUACCGAGUUCCGGCUAAGAUCUUUGCAUGGUGGGCCAGGAGUGGGAUUGUACGAGGCAUGCUGGUUGUUGCGAAGAGGUGAUGCGUACGGACGGGCAAGCCUCUUUGAACCCCUUUUUGCAUCUUUCCUGAAACCGGUGCGUCCGCGUGUUUUCGCCCUAUUGGGAAAUGGGAUCCUCAGCAGUGUAGUUCCGCGGCUCAAUAUGCCGCUGCUUCAGGUUCUGUGCCUACGCAUACAUAGCUAUAUCACUUCUCCAGCGGAUGAGCUGCAGAUCGUCCCAACUUCAUGGAUUCUGGCCUAGACCGUUGGCUGCUCCUAGACCCUCCCGGGGACCAGAAAAGACCGGGAAAGCCGAGCUGGGUUGAGAGCUGGGCGUGCCCGCAAGACCAACAGCUGGAGCCCUGGUAGCGCGUCGGCUGAUGUUGCGUAGACCAUGGGACGCAUGACGAUUAACCUUCUCCCUCCUGAGUAAAGGGAUCCAUGGCUGCCAGCCGGAGGGAGGACGGCUUGGGUGACGACACGAGGAGUGGAUCCAGUGGGCUGAUGGAGCAUACCAAGCUGUCAUGCUGUUCGUGCAGACGCCUGCGUUAGUGUUUAUCGAAUGCAACGCAGUACCGGAUACAAAUCUCCUGAAGCCAAUCGGUGCCUGGAGUGCGGCUGCAAAGUUUUUCGCUAUCAAGGCCAAGCCUUCAGCCAUUUCCUUAUUAAGG